GGAUAACCAAAAAUUUUCCAUUGAAUGUGAUAUCUGUGAUAUUCAGACAAGUUCCACAGAGGACUGGGUACCAUACCACACUAAAUGCAUGAUAAAGGGUGUUGACUCUGUUGCCAAUGUGACUCAAGAUGAUUGUGCAAAUGCACAAACAUGGAAUAUUUUAGG